AUGAGUGUUUAUGUGAUACAUGUAGCAUUUAGUUGCUUUCCUGUCUUACUUUUUUACAGAUGGCCUCCAAUUGUCAGGUAUCCGUGUCCCGUGUACAGCGCAAAAUAUUUCCAUAGUGUUGUUUGUUUGCUGCUGUUCUUGUUUCCUUUUAUUAUAUUUCUCAACAGUGGUGCUCCGAAAGAAAGUAUGUGCGCUGGGCGGGAUUGUUCCCCAGCCUUAAAUGUGCUGGCUGGGCCUCCCACAGAUAAUGGAAAACAGCCCCCACCACCUGCCGGAUAUGGUCAACCCCCACCACCUGCCGGAUAUGGUCAACCCCCACCACCUGCCGGAUAUGGUCAACCCCCACCACCUGCCGGAUAUGGUCAGCCCCCACCACCUGCCGGAUAUGGUCAACCCCCACCACCUGCCGGAUAUGGUCAACCCCCACCACCUGCCGGAUAUGGUCAACCCCCACCACCUGCCGGAUAUGGUCAGCCCCCACCACCUGCCGGAUAUGGUCAACCCCCACCACCUGCCGGAUAUGGUCAGCCCCCACCACCUGCCGGAUAUGGUCAACCCCCACCACCUGCCGGAUAUGGUCAACCGCCGUGUGGCGUUUACAAACCACCGGAUGACUAUGCUGAAGUGCAAAAGUGGGAAGGGGAGAACGAAUGGGAAACGAGUAUGUUGGGGGCACCUUGCAGUGAGCCACUGUUCUGCCUUGGUGCCUGUUGUUGCCCAUGGUGCUGUGCGUUCUUGCAACGGAAGAAGCUGUUGGAAAAUGAUUGGUCUCGUUAUUUGUGUUGUGCUGGACUUUGUGGCGACAGGAAUUGCUGUGUCUGCGAAGGCUGUGAGCCGUGCUGUUUGUGCCUGGAGUCUUGCUUUUGCCUCCCCUGUGCCGCUCACGGUAAUCGUUUCAUGGUUCUUCAGCACUACAAUUUGCAAAAUGAUUGUUGUGAUUCGGUCAUCAUUUGGUGUGCCUAUUUGUGCAGUUGUCUGGCUUGUCUACUGAACGAUGAAUCCCUUAAAACCAUUGCAGAUGUUUUCUUCUACAUUGUUAUUGGUUGCAUGUUAAGCCAGCAUCAACAUCAAAUGAAGAAACAAGGAUAUCCAAGAGAGCAAACAAUGGAAUAG